UCAUGUGUGAGGUCCCAAAAGAGAGUGUUGCUUAUGCAAGCCCAUUCCCGUUCAUUGCUGGGGCCCAGCAUGUUGCAAUAAGAGGGCACCCAUUCCACGUCCUGUCGCAAAAGAGCCUGGCCCCGCUUGAGCAUUCUGUGGUCCUCAUUUUGGCCUUGAUAGAUGGAAAGAUCACUGAUGUGGAGAACAACACCUUCUCCGGGCUACCCAGUCUCGAAUCACUGUCCCUAGAUUCUAACAGGUUGACAAAAGUCAAGGAGACAUGGUUCAUUGGCUUGAAGAAGCUCCGCAUGCUGACUUUGUCCAACAACCACAUCAAGCAGAUAGAGCCAGGAAGCUUCGCCAGCCUAACCCGUCUACUUUGCUUGGAUCUAGAGAACAACCUGUUGCAGGCUGUAGACCCUGCCUGGCUCUUUGGACUGAAAAGUAUCAUUAUCAUGAAUCUGGGUUUGAAUGAAAUCAAAAGCAUUUCCCCGAGGUCGUUCCAACACAUACAGCUGACCUGGUUAGAUCUGACUGGUACUGAUCUAUCCUGUUUGGAUGGAGCUGUGUUCCUGGAACAGUCCAGGUUAUCACAGCUCCAUGUCAGCAGCGGUAUUCUGUCAUCUGUCCAUGAUGCAAAGCCACAUGGAAUGAUGUGGAGCCUACAGCGGUUCUUCAAUGCCAUGAGAGGGUCAACAGCAUUGGUUGUCGUGGUGCCCAGGUUUCUCUUCUGCGUCAGCCACAAUGGGGUAGCCCCUGGAUUCUCGUUGUGGUGGAUGUUUGACUCAUCUGACAGUUUGCCUCAUCAUCGCAUUGUGCGCCCAUACGCGUGUGAUAUUUCCGAUCGUCCUCUAAGCAUGAUCUCCAUCCAGACCCCUGUAGUUGUCCUGGCUACUAACCACUCUCUGACAGACAAACUGGAGACCAACACGCUUGAGCAGUGCAGGCAGGUGUGGGAGUACAAUGGAGGGGUUGCAUUGGGUCUAGUGAGAAGGUCAAUCUUCCGACUGAUUUCCUUGUCCACAGGGAACUCGAGCUUUGAAGGUGUUGGCAUGUCGUUUGCCCAGACACAAGACACGAACACACUCACCACCACAGAGUCUGGGUACAGUCAAACACCCACGCCCCAUACAAACGCCAAACAUGACAAUGCAAAGAACAUCACCUGCAUUCUGCUCACCAAGGAUGAACACACAGCACUGUUCUUCACCACUUCCCAGAACCAACGUCAGACAACGGCAACCACUCACAGAACAAACACUGACCACUCCAGAACAAACACUGACCACUCCAUCAGCCUAACACACUACACUGAACAUACAGGGAAAGACUACACAUCUUCAGAAAUGGUAGGCACCUCUACACUGCAGGAGACAACUGAACCUGGACCUGGACCAGAGGUGCCUCCGGCAACAGAUCAUGUUCUCAUAUCUGUUGUCGUUGUUUCGGCAGUAGUCGGCCUGGUCUUGUCGUCCCUUGUAGUGUUGGUUUUGAAGUUGUGCUCCACAGGGACAAGCGAGGAUGAGAUGGACAGUGACGAUGCACACGUUUGGACCAUCCCGCCUGGGGUUACCUUCCCCGGCUUGCUGAGGUCUGCUUCCCUCCCUGCACGUUCAGGCAAGAUGGCGUCGGAUGACGCAGUUUCCUGUAGGUCAUUGCCCGCUGUCCUGCAUUCCAUCGAACCUACUUACAGCCAGAUCCCAGAUGACGUAGCCUUGGCCCAUAGACCUCUGCCUGGCCUGCCGCACGUGUACUGCGAGAUCCCAGAAGGCGCACUCCCCAGUGUGGUCCGGUCUGCGUCAGUUCCUGCGUGCACUCGCGAGAGCGCCGCAGACGAUUCGGCGUCCUGUAGGUCAUUGCCGGUUGUUCUCUUCUCCAUUGAGCCCACCUACAAUCAGAUCCCUGAUCACAUGGCCGCUGCCCAGCGCCCCCUGCCGGCUCUCCCGAGCACAGCCUGGGAGAUGCCAGAACACGGAGCCGCUACACAGCGCCCCCUGCCUGUCUCACACCAUACCUACAGUGAGAUCCCAGACGACGAGGAGAGCGGCCCCAUGCCUUUCUACGCUGACGCUGCACAAGCUUCGCUUCAUGUUGUCACAAACAGAGGACAGGUUCGACGGGCCUUCCGGGAUGUCACAACUGCUUCCAACAGACACCUGUCUGGAAGAUCCAUACCCGCAUAUGGAUCAGCUGAACAGACCAACGCCCAGCACAAUACCUUAUAUAGAAAGACCCUCGAUGCCCAGGACAUAAGAGCCCGUAGAAAUCUGAGGACAGGUUUGGUAUCCCAUUCUACCCACCAAAGUUUGAAGACGUUCGUCCACGUCACAGAUGCGAUUCUGUCAAGAGGUCAGGAGGUCACAGAGGCCCAUAUCGCCUUCCUCACACACCCUCAGCCUGGUGGCCAUUGGCCUUGGGAGAUCCCAGGGGGCGGUUCCCGUAUCACACCACGGCGGGUGUCCCUCCCCACCGUCACACUACCUAACACUUACUGGCCUUGGGAGAUCCACGGGGAGGGAACACGUAACACACCACGGCGUGCGUCCCUCCCCACCGUCACACUACCUAACACUUACUGGCCUUGGGAGAUCCCAGGGGAGGGAACACAUAUCACACCACGGCGUGCCUCUCUCCCCACCGUCACACUACCUAACACCUACUGGCCUUGGGAGAUCCCAGGGGAGGGAACGCGUAACACACCACGGCGUGCUCCCCUCUCCACCGUCACACUACCUAACACCUACUGGCCAUGGGAGAUCCCAGGAGAGGGAACCUGUAACACACCACGGCGUGCGUCUCUCCCCACCGUCACACUACCUAACACCUACUGGCCUUGGGAGAUCCCAGGGGAGGGAACACCUAACACACCACGGCGUGCGUCCCUCCCCACCGUCACACUACCUAACACUUACUGGCCAUGGGAGAUCCCACGGGGAGGGAACACAUCACGGCGUGCUCCCCUCCCCACCGUCACACUACCUAACACUUACCGGCCUUGGGAGAUCCCAGGGGAGGGAACACAUAACACACAACGGCGUGCCUCUCUCCCCACCGUCACACUACCUAACACCUACUGGCCAUGGGAGAUCCCAGGGGAGGGAACACGUAACACACCACGGCGUGCGUCCCUCCCCACCGUCACACUACCUAACACCUACUGGCCAUGGGAGAUCCACGGGGAGGUAACCCGUAACACAUCACGGCGUUCGGCCCUCUCCAUCGUCACACUACCUAACACCUACUGGCCAUGGGAGAUCCCAGGGGAGGGAACACGUAACACACCACGGCGUGCUCCCCUCCCCGCCGUCACACUACCUAACACCUACUGGCUUUGGGAGAUCCCAGGAGAGGGAACCCGUAACACACCACGGCGUGCGUCUCUCCCCACCGUCACACUACCUAACACCUACUGGCCUUGGGAGAUCCCAGGGGAGGGAACGCGUAACACACCUGCACUGCUCCCCACCGUCACACUACCUAACACCUACUGGCCUUGGGAGAUCCCAGGGGAGGGAACUCAAAACACACCUCGGCGUGCGUCCCUCCUCUUCUCCCUCACAGUGUCCGACACCUAG